CCGCACACACUGCUGCUCCUGCCAGCCCUCCUGAGCUCAGGUUGGGGGGAGUUGGAGCCACAAAUCGAUGGCCAGGCCUGGGCUGAGCGGGCACUUCGGGAGAAUGAACGCCACCCCUUCACCUGCCGAGUGGCGGGGGUGUCCGGCACCCCCCGACUGGCCUGGUACCUGGAUGGACAGCUGCAGGAGGCCAGCACCUCACGGCUGCUGCGUGUGGGCGGGGAGGCCUUCUCGGGGGGCACCAGCACCCUCACUGUCACUGCGCAGCGGUCCCAGCAUGAGCUCAACUGCUCCCUGCAGGACCCGGGCCGUGGCCCGGCCGCCAACGCCUCGGUCAUCCUCAAUGUGCAAUUUAAACCGGAGAUUGCCCAGGUCGGGGCCAAGUACCAGGAAGCUCAGGGCCAGGGCCUCCUGGUUGUUCUUUUUGCCCUGGUCCGUGCCAACCCGCCUGCCAAUGUGACCUGGAUCGACCAGGAUGGGCCAGUGACUGUCAACACCUCAGACUUCCUGGUGCUGGAUGCCCAGAAUUACCCCUGGCUCACCAACCACACAGUGCAGCUGCAGCUUCGCAACCUGGCACACAACCUCUCUGUGGUCGCUGCCAACAAUGUGGGGGUCACCAGUGCCUCGCUCCCAGCCCAAGGACUCCUGGCCACGCGGGUGGAAGUGCCACUGCUGGGCAUCAUUGUAGCCGGAGGGCUAUCGCUGGGCACCCUGGUGGCAUUCAGCACCUCAGUGGCCUGCCUGGUCUGCAGGAGAGAGAAGACCAAAGGCCCCUCCCGGCGCCCAUCUCUGCUCUCUAGUGACUCCAACAACCUGAAGCUCAACAACGUGCGCCUGCCCCGGGAGAACAUGUCCCUCCCGUCCAACCUUCAGCUCAACGACCUCACUCCAGACUCCAGAGGGAAACAAGCAGACAGACAGACGGCUUGGAAUAACAGCCGGCCAGAGCCAGAGCUCCUGGAUUCAGAGCCCGGCGGCCUCCUCACCAGCCGAGGCUUCAUCCGUCUCCCAAUGCUGGGCUACAUCUACCGAGUGUCCAGUGUGAGCAGUGAGGAGAUCUGGCUCUGAGCUGAGGGUGAGACGGAGGGUGCCAUGCCCCUGGGCACCCUCCCCUCCAAGGCAUCCUCUGCCUGGCCAUGUUGCCAGUGAGGUGCCACUUCCACUUGUGCUUGCAUCUCUGGCUGGGGUGCUUCUGUCAUCCACAGGAGGGUUCCACUGGAUCUGACCCUGAGGGCACAGGUAUCCUUGGCAAGGCUGCUGACUGGACCCUAGCCCUUGUUCUUAUUCAGGUUGGGGGCCUGCAUGACAUGCCUGUGCCAAGUGGAUAGAGCUUUUUGCCUGUGUGUUCUGAUGUCAUCUGGCAUCUACGUGUGGCAUGGCCCUGGUGACUUGGGCCUGCUCUGUGCCUCCCACCAGUAUUCCUCAGCACCUCACACAGCAGGCACAGGGAUAUGCCUGGUGUGGGACUAGAAAGGCCUGCAUGUCUUGGAUUUCCUUCCCAUGCUGUGUAGCUUUGCUCACUCUGAACAUUUAGAACUCUGCUCAUUGCAUAGAAAUAAAAUACCCUGUGCACAGGGAGCAGCCCAGGCCAGGGCGUUGGCCGAGCACAGACCCGUCCCUUCUGCUGGUACCUCAGUCCCCACUGUCCCCCCUUCUCUUGAGCAUCAUAGGUUAUAUGUUGGACCUUUACCACUUCUUCACUG